ACUCACACUCACACACCCCACUCCACCUCAUAUACCCACACACAUAUACAUCCUACCACACAUACAACCUAACACACUCUCACACAUAUACACCCUCACAUUCGCACACACACUCACACACAUAGACCCUCACACACCCUUACAUAUAUACACCCUCACACACCCGUAAAUACGCACACACCCUCACACAUUCUAUCACACAUACACCCUCACAAAACUCUCUCACAUACACACAUACACCCUCACACACCCUGCCACACAUACACCUUCAUACACCCUCAGACACAUGUAUAAAUAUAUGCAGAUAUACAAGCUGGCUGUUGUCAGUUAGUUUUAUUUUACUGUGUAUUUGAUAGAAAAAACUAACAAGUAAAGUUAGUAUAUGUACAUAUGUAUUCAUUUUGUCUGUUGCAGACAAGGAUUUAAGGCUCUCCAGAUCAGAGUCAUGUUUCGGAUAUUCACUGUACUAUGCAUGGCACGACUAUGUUCGGCAGCUACGGCCAUCAUAAACGGGACUGAGGUGGACUGCUCCGAGAACUGUGCUUGUUGUAUCGGAGGAAAGACUAGAUGUAGUUAUGUUGCCUCAUAUGGAGAUAAUUAUUGCAGUGAUGGCUGCGUUGACACAAUCACCGCAUUCAGGUGCAAACAAUAUUGCCGCGGUAACUGCUAUGCAUGCAACCAUCAUAAUGGAAACAUCUGCAAAUCAUGCAAGGAUACAUUUUAUGAUUUUCAAAAUGACUGCAAUAAAAAAUGUUCAGUCGGGUGUGUAGAUGGAAAAUGUGAUAAUGACGGAACUUGUAGUACAUGUACAGCGAAUUUUGAAGGAGAAAAAUGUGACAUUUGUUUACAAGGGAAAUAUGGCACAGAUUGCUCUUUGAACUGCCAUUAUCGGUACUGCCAUUGUACAAACUUGACUGGAUGUGAUUCAUGUAAAACUAACUUUGAUGGUUCCUUUUGCAUGGAAUGUAAAGAUGGUUAUUACGGGGCAGACUGCAAAAUGACAUGUCCCAGCGGAUGUAGCGGUCGUAAAUGUAUGGGGAAUGGAACAUGUUAUCAAUGCGUUUCCGGAUACUAUGGAGAAGAUUGCAACACGAAGUGUUCUAGCGGAUGUAGCGACGGAAGUUGUAUGAGAAAUGGAACAUGUACUCAAUGCGAACAUGGUUAUUAUGGGGAACAAUGCAAAAACACUUGUUCUACGGGUUGUAGCCGUGGAGACUGUUAUAGAAAUGGGACAUGCACAUGUACGAAUAAUUUUACGGGUACACAUUGUGACGAAUGUGUUGUAGGAAAAUAUGGAGAAAAUUGUCAACAAGCAUGUGGUGUAGGUUGUUUAACUUCAUAUUGUGGCAAAGAAGACGGAUCAUGCAGUUGUCAUGAGAACUUUGAUGGAAGGAAAUGCAAUUUAUGCAAAAACGGACUGUAUGGAUUGACCUGUGAUUUGCAUUGUUCAAAUCAGUGUGUUGGAGGUACAUGUUCAAAAUUUGAUGGCGCAUGCACAGACGGUUGUACGUAUGGAUAUUCUGGCAUUUAUUGCACAACCAAUUGUGAUUCGGAUUGUGAGUCGUGUCAACAGAAUGAUAAAUCAUAUUGUACAUCAUGCUUUGAUGGGUAUUCUGGAUCAACAUGCAAGUGUCCACCUAAUUGUGAGUGUAAUGGGGGCGAUAAAUGUAACAAUUGUUUAAGUCAGUGGAGGAAUCCUUCAUAUCAGUGUAAAUGUCACACGAACUACUGUACAAGUAAUGUCUGUACGACAUGCCUGAACAGUACUGUAUUUCUUGACAGCAACUAUAGAACAUGUUGUGAGUGUCCUCCACAUUGUAUAGGCGGUUCCUGCACAACUGGAACCCAAUGUACAUAUGGAUGUGAAGAUGGAUUCUAUGGAAUUGAUUGUUCUCAGAAAUGUGCCGGGGAUAAGUGUUUAAAAUGUAGCCAACUUGAUGGACAGUGUUCUUUAUGUAAGACAGGAUUUUAUCCGAAUGAAAAUGGAAAUUGCACUUUUUGCAAUAGCAACUGUAAGAAUGGACACUGUACUCCUGAAACAGGCAAAUGUAUAAAUGGAUGUGCAGAAACCUUCUGGGGGGAAAAGUGUGACACCCAUUGUAAUCCAAACUGUGAAACAUGUCAGCAAGAUUCAGGAAUCUGUAAUUUAUGUACAAAUAUAACAUUCCAUGGACAUUACUGCAACGUAUUAUGCAGUUCCUCAUGCUACGAAAGCAAGUGUUAUCAAAGUAACGGUCAUUGUUCGAAUGGAUGCAAUGGAGAUUUCUUCGGCAAUCUGUGUCAAACCAAAUGCCCUGCAAAUUGUAAGCAAAAUGAAACAGACACGAGAUGUAAUGCUGAAGGUAUCUGCAAAUUUAGCUGUGUCGAUGGCUAUGUAGGUGACGAUUGCUCAGAAGCAGUAAAAGCCGCACCACCAGUAGCAGCUAUUGCUGGAGGAGUAAGUAGUGGCGUUGUAAUCAUCAUUGGCGUCGCUGUAGCAUUGUACUUCUUUCGGCGAAGCAAAAUCAAGCGAAAUGGCAAUAACAAACUCCAGGCUAACAUUACUGAGGAGGAAAACCAAGAAACAAACGAAGGUGCCCAUUUUAACGAAGGAGGUGUCAAUAAGGAAUUAAUAAAACAAUAUUCAUCUGGUUCCCGGCCAUCAGCAAAUCAGCCCUCUGCAAUAACGCAACACCCACAUAGACAUGUUGUGACUGCAUCUGAAAUUGAGAUUGACCUGGAAAUAGAUGAUGCUAACAAUGGACCAGUUGCCAAUUCUUCUAAGGAUGAUCAGACGUAUUAUAACGAACUUGGGUCUUCAACUAACAAAUCUAAAAUAUCCAUUGGUCAACUCGUUAAGUAUGUGGAUGGAAAAUCUCAUGAGGCGUUUAGUGCAGAAUUUGAGAAAUUUUCCGUUGGUCUUGUGAAGCCAUAUGUUGAAUCGCAGAAGAAGGAAAAUACUAGUAAGAAUCGGUACAAGGGGAUUUAUCCAUACGAUGACUCGAGGGUGAAGGUUAGAGACAGCGGCGGUACAGACUACAUAAACGCAAGCUUUGUUGAUGGGUAUAAAAAGCCAAAGGAGUAUAUUGCCACAUUAGGUCCAAUGUCCCAGCAAUUAGGAAACUUUAGUUUAUUUUGGAAAAUGAUUUGGCAACAGAGAGUUGAAAAGAUUGUCAUGGUAACCAACCUAAUUGAACAGGGGUCUCCUAAAUGCGAGCAAUAUUGGCCAAAUCCUGGGACAACUAGGAAGUAUGGCGAUAUAAAGGUGGAGAGCUGCUCGGAGGAUGAGUAUGCCGAGUUUACACGAAGGGCUUUCACAGCGACCAUGGGAUCCGAGGAAAGAACGUUGCACCAUUUGCACUUGACGUGUUGGCCUGACAAAGCAAUACCCGACGAUGUUACUGCGAUGAUAGAGUUCAGACAGCGUGUUCUGAGUACGCCAAGUACAUUGAAUGGACCAACGGUUGUGCAUUGCAGCGCUGGUGUCGGGAGAACAGGCACCUACAUUGCUCUGGACAUACUGACGAAAGAAGGGGAAGCCGAGAAAGCCAUUGACAUCCCCGGGUGCGUCCAUAAAAUGCGUCAGAAUAGGCCGAAUAUGGUUCAGACACUGGGGCAGUAUCAGUUUCUGCACACCGCCGUGGUGUAUUCACUUACUUUUGACUGCAAACAAAUCAAGGGAGAGAACUUCAACGAGUACAUGAACAAACACACGACACGAGUACUAAAUAAACAGUUUGAGCUACUUCAGCAUACGGUCGAGACACGAUCUAAAGAUGAAACAGAAGCAGUUGACCGAAAUAAACAGCACCUGAGUAAAAACAGAGCACGCGCCGAUAUCCCGGGUAAUGAAAACAGACCAAGACUUUACCUGAACCUAAAACCAGGAGCGUCAGACUACAUCAAUGCUGUUUAUAUUCAUAGCUUCAGAAUGAAGAAACGCUACCUGGUAGCACAAACUCCACUACCAGAUACGGUUAUCGACCUUUUGACACUAGCUGUGCAAGAGAGGUGUUCAUGUAUUGUCAGCUUCGAAGCUGACAUGGACAAACAAAAGCACGUGGUGCAGAAUAUUGGGAUAUACUACCCUGCGGCAAACCAAGAAGUUUUGAAUAAGGGAACAUUCCAAGUUAGCUGCUCCAGAGAGGAAAAUAAAAUAUUCUACGCAGAACGAACAUUGACAAUACAGCACAAAGGGACGAGCACUUAUCGAACCAUUUCACAUCUUCAAUUUACUGACUGGGAUGAAAUGGAGAACAUACCACGGUCAACUACAAACUUCCUGUCAUUUCUGAACGUGAUAGAUAAUGUCAUGAAGCAGCAGGACGACGGACCGAUAUUGGUCCAUUGUUUUGACGGUGCGGGCAAGAGCGGUCUGUUCUGUGUGGUUUCGUUGCUUCUCCACAAAAUGACGGUGGAACAUGAAGUCAGUGUACUUAAUGCUGUAAGGAAGGUCAAAACCACGCGGAGGCUGGCAAUUCCCAAUCAGGAACAAUUUGUGUUCUGCCAUGGAUGCGUUUCGGAGUAUCUUCGUGCGUUCGACGUCUACGCCAACUUUAGCGAUGACACUGGUCAACUUUAAAGUGCUGUCCUGUCGACUGUCGAGUGUAAAACUGGAGAUAUUUAAGAAUAUAGACAAUGUAAAUAGUACUAUGUAUGUGCGUUUGGUGCAGUGCCUUGUGCAUACACUUAUACAAAGUUAUGCAAUUGUUUGAAAGCUGACAGAUGUAAGCUUAUCUCUAUUUAAUCCAUUGUUGUAUUAAUGACAUUGAAGUUAUGUACAAAAAUAUGUCCCGUUAUCCGUUUUAUAAGUGUAUUGCUAAAAAAGGAAAACAUGCACUAACUUCCACUUUAGCGUUCUUAAUAAUAAACAUCAAAAUAAUUAGAUGUGAGUGAUGAAAUGUUUACUCAUUUACAGUGCAUGUAUGAAAAAUGUAACUAUUGCUAGUUUCUAUUAAACAUACACAUACUAGUAUGCAUGGUUGUAUUAUUUUUAUGAAUUGUAAAAUUGCCAUUCAUCCUUAAUCAUAGUACAUGUUACACGAUGUCAUUGUGGUCUUCAUGAGCAAAUAGAAAAAAUCCAUAACUCAAAGAACAAAUAUGUUAAUUUUAGAAACGUAAGUUAUUCAGAUUUUCAUUGAUAACACACUCACCCUUAAGUGAUAUACAUCAUAACACUGAAGAAAGCAAAGUUAAGUAUUUGAAUGCUCAAGCUUGAUCAUUUAUCAGACGAGUUGAUGAUUUUUUGCAAUUACUUUGUUUCUGAGUUCCUCAUACAAGGAAACAAACAAGAACUACAGUAGGCAAAUAGAAAAAGACGUUAACAUGUUUAAUGUUAGAUAUAAACAUUCAAGUUCAAUAUAAUAUGUCAUUUUUAAAAUACAUCCAUGGAACAUUUAAAACAAAUUUUUGACACCAAUUUUGUCGGCAGAAUUCAUAUUGUCAUUUAAAUAGCUGUUUUAUAUAUGAUUUCAUCCCCCCUUUGCAAAACAUCUUUAUAAAGGUUUGGCAUUAUAUUUUAUGGACAGCCAUAUAUUAAUCUUAUUUUGUUACAUUUCGUAAUGCUUUUAAUACGUGCAGAUUGCUCCCAUUACCAAUGCUUUAUAUGAUAAUCAAGAUUUGUAUGCAUUGGUAAUAUUUUAUACUGUUUUUUAUGUUUUUGACCCAUUUCUUUUGCACGUACAAAUACAUGUAUGUGCUAUAUGUAUAUUUUGUAUCAAUUUUAUACUUUUUGACUAGCAUGUACAUAGCUUUGGUACUUGAUUUCAUCCUAUAAUACUGUUAAGGGUUAUUAUUGAUACUAAUUAUUUUAAUAAAACGACUUCACACCGAUCUUCAAAACCGAAAGUUUGAGUAAAUUUGUGAUCCCUUUUUUCAAACGUUUUUUUCUUACUGAUUGUUAUUUGGACAUGAUAUGACGUUAGCAGUAACAUGAAGAGACAUUUGUGAAACUUUAAAAGAGAAACAUACUGUACUAUGAUACAUAAUGUAUUAAGCAAAAAAUGUUUAACAUUACAUAUGUGUGAACAGUUUGUGAGAUUUUCUUUGUGCAAUUUCAACAUUUACAUCGGUGUGAGGCUGGUCAGCAUUACCAUAAUUUAGAAAGCAAAAAGUGACUUUAGACCAAUAUUUUGAACAUUAUUAGGAGUCUACAAAUUAUACCUGCCUUUACCUUUUUUGUUGUUUUUCAUUGCACAGAAAGAGUUAUUGUGUUGGGAUUAUUUGUAGUGGCUAUCAAGUCUGGAUAUACCUAAAGGUGAUUAUGUUGACACUUCUCAUGUUUUGAAUACAUUGUGAACAUAUUCCGUAUACCAUGAUAUUUUAAGAUACUCAUUUACAAAUUGAUUGUAUAAAACGUCUUUUUGUUCUUUAUUGUAUAGCCAUUACAGUUCAGAACAACUUCUCCUUAACUGUUCUUCUCUUUUUUUUCUUUUUUUUAUUGUUUGUCCACGAUUUAUUGUUUCAGACAAUGUAUGAAUAUGUUAAUCAUUAUUAAUCAGAGAAGUUAUAUUUGCUUAUAUUCACUAUACUAUUAUUGUUCUUGUGUGUGUAAUGUUUGUUCAAUAUGAUAGGUAAUUGGAAGCUUAUAUUUAAUUUUCCUUUAUACGAAUAA